CCGCGACUCCGCCAUUACUCCGCGGCAUCACGCAGGCAGGCAGGCAGGCUAGCCGUGCUCCCUCCCGUCUCUUCUCUCCUCUCCCCCAAAGAGGUCAAAGACACAGGGAGAGGACUCCUCCGCAUCUGCAUCCGUCCUCCUCCGCGCGCACGAAUUCGAGAGGGAGAGGAGCGGUAAUGGGGAGGGCUCCGUGCUGCGAGAAGAUGGGCCUCAAGAGGGGCCCCUGGACGCCGGAGGAGGACAAGAUCCUGGUCGCCCACAUCCACAGCCACGGCCACGGCAACUGGCGCGCGCUGCCCAAGCAAGCCGGCCUGCUGCGGUGCGGCAAGAGCUGCCGGCUCCGGUGGAUCAACUACCUGCGGCCGGACAUCAAGCGCGGCAACUUCACCGACGAGGAGGAGCAGUCAAUCAUCCAGCUGCACCAGCUGCUCGGCAACAGAUGGUCCGCGAUUGCCGCCCGGCUGCCGGGGAGGACGGACAACGAGAUCAAGAACGUGUGGCACACCCACCUCAAGAAGCGGCUCGACCUCAGCGCGCAGGAGCAGCACGAGGAGGCCAAGAAGCGCAAGAAGCCGGCGGCGGCCGCGCGGAAGCGCGACGGCAAGGUCAAGAUGAGGAAGCUCGACGCGCUGACCGCCAAGGCGGCGCCCGUGCUGUCCUCGCCCGAGCGCUCCGUCUCGUCCACGGUCACCGAGUCGACGUCCACGGCCUCGGCGGCGGCGGAGCAGCACGGCAACUCGGGCAGCUCCGCGUCCGCCUCCGCGUCCGUCAAGGAGGAGUGCUUCACCUCGUCCGAGGAGUCGGAGGAGUUCCAGAUCGACGAGAGCUUCUGGUCGGAGACGCUGUCCAUGCCGCUGGACGACAUCAACGACGUCUGCAUGGAGCCCCACGACGCGUUCGGCAAGCCCACGGGCGCCGCCGACGGCGACAUGGACUACUGGCUCAAAGUGUUCAUGGAGGGCGGCGACGACGACGACAACAACAACGGCGCGCUAGACUUACCGCAGAUUUAGGGAGGGAGAGAGCUCUAGUUUCGUCGCUGCUCCCGAUUGAUCGUUCUUUUUUCUCUCUCUCUACCCGCGCCAUCUUGCUGCACCGGAGGGAUUGCUAACAGAGAAGAGUGCCCUGCCCCGCGGAGGAAAAUUAGUAGCCAGCAAGAACGCGGAUCAUGAAGGCGCCCGGUCGGUAGAUUUCUUUGAUCCAUCUUGUUUGUUCACCUUGCUGUAUAGAAAGAUGAGAGAUGAGCGAUCGGAACCGAUGCAUUCUGAGUUAGUAGUGAUUAUCUGUUCUUCUGCACGGGGUGCAAAUAUCAGUUUCUGUACCACCAUGGAGAUUACUAUCUGAAAUGGACUCUGCUUUUCUCA